CGGAGGAGCGCAGCCGGGUGCCCUCCGGGACCGAGCCCGGCGGCCGCGCCUCCCUCGCGUCCCCGCCCGGAGGCCCCGCCACCGCCUGCCGAGCAAGCGCCCCCGGCCCGGGCCGCGGCGCUCAGCAGGCGCCGGGCAAAAGAGCCACUAGAACAAUGCUGAGGCGGGCGAGGUGAGGAGCAGCCGGCUGGGCAGCCCCACAGAGUGUCUGGAACAGGUGAUUGGCGGAGCCCGGAAACCGAGGCCACCUGGCCAUCCUUCCUCCUCGCCUCGGCCAGGCCUGAGCCCCAAAGGCAGUGGGGAAACCAUGGCGACCAAUUUCAAUGACAUCGUCAAGCAAGGCUACGUGAAGAUGAAGAGCAGGAAGCUCGGGAUCUACCGGAGGUGCUGGCUAGUGUUCCGGAAAUCCUCCAGCAAGGGGCCCCAGCGGCUGGAGAAGUAUCCAGAUGAGAAGUCAGUGUGCCUCCGAGGCUGCCCUAAGGUGACUGAGAUCAGCAAUGUUAAGUGUGUCACGCGGCUCCCCAAGGAGACCAAGAGGCAGGCGGUGGCCAUCAUAUUCACCGACGACUCAGCACGUACCUUCACCUGCGACUCCGAGCUGGAGGCGGAGGAAUGGUACAAGACACUGUCUGUGGAGUGUCUGGGAGCACGGCUCAAUGACAUCAGUCUGGGAGAGCCGGACCUCCUGGCCCCAGGGGUGCAGUGUGAACAGACAGAUCGCUUCAACGUCUUCCUGUUACCUUGCCCCAACCUGGACGUGUAUGGCGAGUGUAAGCUGCAGAUCACCCACGAGAACAUCUACCUCUGGGACAUACACAACCCCCGCGUGAAGCUCGUCUCAUGGCCCCUCUGCUCACUGCGCCGCUAUGGCCGGGAUGCCACACGCUUUACCUUCGAGGCUGGCAGGAUGUGUGAUGCUGGGGAAGGGCUCUACACCUUCCAGACACAGGAGGGGGAACAGAUUUACCAGCGGGUCCACAGCGCCACCCUGGCCAUCGCUGAGCAGCACAAGCGUGUCCUACUGGAAAUGGAGAAGAAUGUGAGGCUGCUGAACAAGGGCACAGAACAUUACUCAUACCCCUGCACGCCCACUACCAUGCUGCCCCGCAGUGCGUACUGGCACCAUAUCACAGGUUCCCAGAAUAUCGCCGAGGCCUCCAGCUAUGCCGGUGAGGGGUAUGGGGCAGCCCAGGCCAGCUCAGAGACGGACCUCCUCAACAGAUUCAUCCUGCUAAAGCCAAAGCCCAGCCAGGGGGACAGCAACGAGGCCAAGACCCCAUCCCAGUGACACAAGGGCUGGCGUGCACCGACUACUGGGGCUGCCUGUUGCAGGGCUGACUGCAGUAUACUGUGGACAGCCUCAAGGGGCUGUUGGCCAAGAGCCCCAAGAAAGGGAGCAAGCUGUCCCUUCCUUGCCCACAGGGUGAGGCUGGACCAAGACAGAGGGCUGGCCACAGCACCUGAGCAUGUGUGAGGGGCUGGAGUUACGUGGGACUAUAUACUGUUAAUGAUUUUAAUAUAUAUGGCUUAUGACAUAUUCUAUAUUAAUGAGAUUUCCCUGUCCCUCCCUGCCACCACAUACACACUUAUUAAUCCCAUGACGAGGUCACAGUCAAGGCUGUCUCUGAAUAUGAGGGCAGCUAUUUCCCGUCCUCCAUGGUACAGCCCUCCUGCUGCCAGGGCCAGAGCAGAGAGACGGUCAGAAUUCAAGGCUGGUACCCUGACUGCUGGCUUUUCCCAGGGGCUAAGACAGCACGUGGCUUCUCAGUUCCUCUGGACCUAGAGUGGCACAGGAAGGACCUGAACUUACACUGCGCCACUUGUUAGCCUUGCACUUGGGAGUUUUAAGCAGAGGUGACAUCUGGUUGGCACCUCAGGAGAAAAUCUGGUUUUACAUGUAAUUUUUGCCCAGGACCCUUCCUGCUUUAGUAGGCUGAGAAGAUGCCCUGGGUGUGGGGUGCAGGUUAACUCAACCAGGUGGAGGAUGGCCAGUCCCGAACUCUUUCCUGCCCCAGGGCUGGGCCAGGAGUGCAGGCUGGGGUGUACUGCUGUGGGGAGCAUCCCUGCUGCCUCACAGACCAGGGGUGGGCAAUGCCCCAGCAGAGGGAGCCCCUCUGCCUGCGUCUGGCCACUGGCUGGCCAGCCAAAGCGCUCAGAAACUGAGCCCUUCCCAUUUCCUCCUCCCCACAUGGUGCUGAGGCUCCCUGCUGAAAUGCAAUUAAAGCAAUUGAUUUUCUAGUGCUGGUAUUUAUUGACUACUGUGCAGAAGGGCUAUCUUUCUAUUCACAUCAAACCUUUGGUUGCGUGUGUUUUGUUUUGUUUUUUUGUAAUACUUUAGGGUUCUCAUUUGUGGGAACAGAACUUGUUGUAAAUAACCACUGUUCAAGUUGUGGCAGGAGGGUGAUAAAGAGGCCCCUCCAACACAGCCCUAGAGCCAGAGAGGUGGCCACAGCCAGCUCAGCUCUGAACCUGACCCAGGGAAUGAAGCCGGUGCUGCUGCCCCCACCUCCCCCUCCGAAUAAGCUGGGCUGGAGAAGGAAGCCCAGGGGCCAAAGGCCUUGGACAGGGAAGCAGAGCUGGUUGGCUUAAGCUAGUGGCACGAUGACGCAUGAAGGAGAUUAUGUUGUGCUCUUUAUUGCCAAAAAUAAAAACUUUUAAAAAGA